CGAUGUCAAACAACACUGCGAGAAAUGGAAUUUUUGGCAACGACAAAUGUAAGUGUAGCGUAGCGUAGGCCUUGAGCCAUGGUAAUGUUUGUGUGUUGAAAAGAGAUGCCGAAUAAAUCAGAAAAAGAAAAGUUCUCCACGGUCGCAACUGCUGGUGAUACUAAGAACGCUAAUGUACCUCCACCUACACAAUUAACAAAAAUUAAAUAUACUGGUCCUCCAUACGUAAAAAAAGACAAGCGCCAAACUUCUUCUAGGUUCAACAUCUCAAAAAACAGAGAGCUGCAGAAGUUACCUCUCCUCAAAGAUGCCCAACCAAAUGAAUGGGAAGAUCUUUUCAUUCAGAAACUACGGCAAUGCUGUGUUUUAUUUGACUUUGCUACGGAUCCCCUCAGUGACUUGAAAUAUAAAGAAGUCAAGAGGGCUGCAUUAAACGAAAUGUUAGACUAUAUAUUUACGCAGCGAGGAGUGAUAACUGAAGCAAUUUAUCCAGAGAUAGUGCACAUGUUUAGUUGCAAUGUAUUUCGUACACUUCCACCAUCGUCUAAUCCGAGUGGUGCAGAGUUUGAUCCUGAAGAAGAUGAACCCACUUUGGAAGCUGCCUGGCCUCAUCUUCAGUUGGUGUAUGAGUUUUUCUUGAGAUUUCUUGAAUCGCCAGAUUUUCAGCCGAAUAUUGUGAAACGAUAUAUUGAUCAAAAGUUUGUACUACAAUUACUGGAAUUAUUUGAUAGUGAAGAUCCAAGAGAAAGAGACUUCUUAAAAACAACUUUACAUAGAAUAUAUGGAAAAUUUCUUGGACUACGUGCAUACAUACGUAAACAAAUAAACAAUAUUUUUUACAGGUUUAUAUACGAAACGGAACAUCACAAUGGCAUAGCUGAACUGCUUGAAAUCUUAGGAAGUAUUAUCAAUGGUUUUGCAUUACCAUUGAAAGAAGAGCACAAAGUAUUUCUUCUAAAAGUCCUAAUGCCUUUGCACAAGGUCAAGUCAUUAAGUGUUUACCAUCCCCAGUUAGCUUAUUGUGUCGUUCAGUUUCUAGAAAAGGACCCUAGUUUAACUGAACCAGUUGUUAAUAGCCUAUUAAAAUUCUGGCCAAAGAUGCACAGUCCUAAAGAGGUAAUGUUUUUAAACGAAUUAGAAGAAAUUCUCGAUGUUAUUGAACCAGCUGAAUUUACAAAAGUGAUGGUGCCACUGUUCCGACAACUUGCAAAAUGUGUAUCAUCUCCCCAUUUUCAGGUGGCAGAAAGAGCUCUGUAUUACUGGAAUAAUGAGUACAUCAUGAGUCUCAUUAAUGAUAACGCCACAGUGUUGUUGCCGAUAAUGUUCCCUGCACUCUACCGGAAUUCCAAAUCUCAUUGGAAUAAAACCAUCCAUGGAUUGAUCUACAAUGCUUUGAAAUUAUUCAUGGAAAUGAAUCAAAAGUUAUUUGAUGAGUGUGUACAAAAUUACAAACUUGAAAGGCACAGUGAAAAGCAGAAGGUAAAGGAGCGAGAAGAAACAUGGCAAAAAAUUGAAAAUUUAGCUCUAAAGAAUCCUAAAUUCAAAGAAAUAGCACCAUUAAAUCCAAACCUUGCCAACAAUCUGUCAGAAUCUGCAGUUCCUGAUCUGCCAACACCUGUUGAUGAGGAAUUUUUAAUGAAUUACGAAAAAAUAGAAUAUGAAUCUAAGGAUGCAAAGAAACCAUUUCCAAAAGAAAAAACUCUGUUACGUAGGAAAUCUGAACUUCCUCAUGAUACCUUAACUCUCAAGGCUCUGAAUGAUCACAAGCGGGUUGAUGAAUUUCUAACACCAGCUCCCUCUGAAAGUAUUUGAAAAUAGCAAUAAUUUAGGGUGUGCUAGCCAUCUAUUAUUAAAAAAAAAAUUAAGGUGCUCAAUGCUUAUCUACAUUCCUGUUGAGCCAACAAAAUGGACUGAACUCUUCCCUCCUGAUUGGUUGGUAUUUGAAACAAUCAUUUCAGUUUUUUUUUUAUAUGGAAGACAAAUACUUUUCUAGCACUUCAUCUCAAAUGGUAUUGCUUAUGGAGAACACUUUCUUAUAAAAAGUAAACAAGCAAAAAAUUUUAAUAGUUUUGCCUCUCACAUUUAGCAAAAUGUAAAUUUUGAAGUAGUGUCAUUGCUUGUGUUUCAAGAGAUCUGUGUAUUCCUGAGCACAAAAUUUGGUUUUAUGUGAGUUUGUUAUUAAUUUUUUUUUUGUUGAUGAUGAUUGCUUUUGUUACUUCAAAGAAUUAUGUUAUUUAUGUUAAAAUGAAUCCAGUGAUUUAUGUAUGACUGUUUAAAGUGGGAAGGAUUGUGUGGUGGAAAAUGUGACCUUGCUUGUCUUCCUUUUUUUUCUUUCGGUUUACGUUUUCCAUUCCUUGGAGGGAAUAAUAUAAUUUAUAUAAGAAAAUGUCUUAAACAUUGAGACAGAAAUUAUAUUUCCUUCCAAUGUAUUAGGGUAGUGAUGUCAAAAAUUUUUUAUUAAAAAUUUAACAAUUUUUUUUUCUUAAUAAACAUGGCUAUGCUUUCCAAUCAGGGUGAGGGUGUUCCUACUUUGUUGCUAUUUUGAUUUACUUCCAUGCUUAUUUCAAUGCUUGCCAAUAGAAUGCAUAAAUAUUAAAUUAAAUGUACAUGUAAAAUUAUUCCCUGGAUCAUUAUUUUUAAUGUCUUUUUAUCAUUUUUAUCAAACAAUGGAAUUAAAAAUUUAUUUAAAAAUUAUGAUUUUAAUUAUUCUGCACCCCUAUUGAGUGUAGCUCAUGCAUUCCCCUUGUCAAGUACUUCUGUGAUAUAAGAAGAAAAGACAGUUAUUACUUGAUUUAAUGUUUUAUAGUGAGAUUUAGUCAUGUCUUAAAUAAUUUAUAGUUUUACAAAUCAAGUUGAAGGAAAUGCUUGUAAAGAAAUACAGUCUAAACAUGCAAUUUUUUGCCCAUGUCAACUGUUAAAAGAGUAAUGCAGAUAUAAUAAUUAAAUAUUUUUUUAUCAUAAAUCUUGAUUUGAAUUGAUCAUUAUUAUUGCUAAUUGUAAAAUCAAUUAUACUUAACUUCUUUUUAUUUUUAUUUUCUGCCUUUAUUCUGAGGGAAUUUCUGUUAUGUGUUUUAUUUUAAAGAACUUUGUACCCAGAAACAUGCAUAUCUCAAGUCGUAUUUUUAUGUGCCAUUUUUUUAGUCUGAACAUGAGAAUUUUGGUGCACUUUUUCAGCCCAACUCUCUCUAAAGAGAGCUAUAAAAUGUUGAACUGUUACUACACACUCGGUAAUUUACAUUAUCAAAUCCACUUUUGUGAAAUCUAAUUAGAUAGAAUGUGAAAAAUUGCUAUGGUUGUAUGUUCAUUUUGAAAACAGAAAGAAAAUUAAGCUGAGUAUUUUAGAUAUUUUUCAACCUGGUAGGAGCUUAUCUAUUCUGUGCAUCUCUGAAUCUUUAUUUGUAAAUAUUUGGAAAAUAUUUUAAUGCACCUUGUAUUGUCUGUGAGUCUCGUUUAACAUAUGAUGUAAACAGCAAUCAGGGUAGUUAGUCUUAAAACAUGUUUUAGUAUUUUAAAAGUUUUUUUUUUGUUUGUUAUAUUUUUGCCUCUUUAAACAUUUGAAAAUUUUGCCUUGAAUUUUAACUGUGUGGUUUGUUGGAUUUUUUAUGGCUGGAUUUAUUUCUUUCAUAGUGUAAAAUUACUUUUACUUGGAUUCUUCAUAAAAUUAAUAUGUUUUUAUGCAGUUCUAUGCCGAAUAUUGUAAAUAUUCUAUAUUUGGUAUUCCAUUUCUCUAAAGAGCUUUUCUUCUAUCAUGAACUGUAUUUAAAACUUUUUACAGACAAUGCUUAUCUUGUUGAAUACAUUGCUUUAUUUUAUUUGUUAAAAAAAUGAAUUCCAAUUCUAAUUUUGCAACAUACAUCAGUAGUUCCUUUUUUAUGACCUGCAUUUAAAAUGACUAUGUAAACAAAAGCUAACAACUAAAAUUCUCAGUGAAUAUUUUGUAAUGAAAUUAGUAAGUUUGAAAUAUUUAGUUAUUUUUCCUCCUCAUACUAUAUUAUUUAUUAAUGAGUUACAAUAUGAAAAUGCUCAUGAGUAAGAAGCUGCAUAGAUGUUAUAAUUUUAUAUGUAUUUUUUAUAAUAAUUUAAUAUUUAUAGAUAUGUCAUAUGUUUUUUUUUAUUGAACUGUCAUUUGAAUGAAAAUGUAGAUCUAAAUUAGUUUGAUUUUCAAAAGAUUUAACUGCAAGUAACAUAAUUAUGGUUUUAACUCUAUUUAUUUUUGCUUUAUUGUAUUUCAGAACUUAGCAGUCUAGUAAUAGUUUUAAGCUGCAUAUUGUUUUGUAAAAUUCAUUACCAUGAAACUAUAUUUGUUGUAAGCAGAAUUUCUGCUUAAAAUGCAAGAUCCAGCCUGUAGGGAAAUACAUUGUACAAUAGAUAAAAAUUAAUAUAUAAAAUAAAAAUAUAAUAACUAAUCUAACUGAUGUAUGAUUAUUCCUAACAAUGGUUUGGGAUUCCCUUAUGGAAAAACUGACAUAAUAAGCAAGGGUUGUAAUUUAAUCAUUAUUUCUGCAAAUAUAUUUUUUUCUCUGAAAUCCAUCAAAAAGCACCAGUUUAAAGUGCUAAGUAACUGAACUACCCAAAUAAGUUUUUUUUUUUUUUUUUGAAAUUUCAGAACAUUUUUUACUCAGCUGUUUAUGUGUGUAUAUGUAUGUAUUUACAUAUAUUUCAGUAAAUGUAUAUGGAUACAGCCAUGAUACACGUGGAGGACCAUAUUUAUUUGAUACUUUAAAUAUCAGUAAGUGUUGUUCUGCCAAAUCUCACUGUUAGCAUUUGUGUGCUGUUAUAUUACGUAGUGCUUAAGAUUAGUUGUUCAAAAGCUGCGAAAUGAGUUUGGCACUAUGAGAAAUGUUCUUAAGCUCUGUAUCCUUUGAACCAGAUUCUAUUGUAAAAUUCUGAGAGUUAAGCUGGCGUCCAUUCCUUUGAUCUUUAAUAUUUUGAGAAAUAAUUUUUUUUUGUUUUUAUAUUUCAUAUAUAUAGUAAUGGUUUGUUAAUUUAUUCCUUAUCCAAGCUUGAUGUUUAUCUUAUUUGAUAUGUAUUCCUUUACUAUUUGUCAUUUGCUGUUCAACUCUCACAUGUUUAAAAAGAAUAUUGCAUUAAACUGUACAUAAUGUAACAUUUAAAAUCAGUUAUACUGUCUUAAUAAAGCUUUGAUUUGUCGGUUAGUGAAGUUAAAUUCUUAUCAAAAGAUGUGUAUAUUUUGUCAUUUUAUUAUAAGAUUUAUUGUAAAGAGCUUGAUGGAUGAAAAUAUUUUAUCUUUUUAAGUAAAUUCUGAAAGCAAUUCAGUCAAAGAUAUAAGAAAUUGAGAUCGUAUUCUGAACGUGUUAAUUUGUGUGUUUAUUAAUGUUUAUGAAGUGAUAUAGAGGAAUUUUGAAGGUAUUUGUACCUGAUUAAUUCAAACUCUUGUGAAUUUUUUUUCUUUUUUUGCUGUACAAAAUUAUUAGACAGGCAGUUAUACAAACUGCUGAUAUUUAAUUUUUUAACCAUAAUUCUACAUAAUUUUUUUUUUAAAAAAAGUCAAAUCACGUAUGUAUAUGUGUGUACUCUAUGUUCCAUUAUAUGUAACUCAACUUACAAAAAGUUAUAGGAUAAUAUUAAUCCAGUUUUAACACAUUUUAAGUUGCUGAGGUUUUUAGCUGUUAGAAAAUCUGUAGCUUUGUGUUCAUCUGUAAUGAAUAUUCAUGUGUGCAUAUUUGUCUCUAGACCUGUCUGAAGAGUGCUAUCAAAAGUAAUUCUUGCUACCAGUUCUCUGCAAGAUAGACUUUAGUUUUUCUUUAGCUUUGGGACUAUUUUGAAUAGAACUGAAGACCUGAGAACACUAUUCAAAGUUAAAUCUACAAAUACACUAUUAGGAAGUUUAUGUGAUUGAUUGUACACUGAAAGAAAAACAAAAACUGUUCUUGAUGUUGAAGUUGGCUGAUUGAUUGUUGCAUAUUUUUUUAAUUGCUAAGUAAGUCAUGCAAAAUAUUGCAGUACAAUAAAUUCAUUGAUUGUAAGAAA